UUAAUGAGAUUGGUUGACAUUUUAUUCGUACUGACUGCGGCAACAACCGCUAAUGCAAUACUGAUCCCGACUGAUCCCGAUGGUUCACCCAAAGCAUCAGUCACUUCCAGUCAAGCGUUUGGUCCGACUGAUAAGCCCAGUCCAGAGAUUCCUGACGAAGACUGGCAAGAAAUAAUAGGUAUAAUUAGUUCAAAAAUUUAUCGCCAUGGCCAACAUCAACCAAUUGAUGUAGUUGAUCCAAGUACUUCCAAACGAGGUCGAAAACGACCAGCUGAUCAACCCAGUCCAAACACUCCUAAACGAAGUCGAAAACGACCAAUGGACCAACCCAGUCCGAGCACUCCUAAACGAGGUCGAAAACGACCAAUUGAUGUGGUUGAUCCGAGCACUCCUAAACGAGGUCGAAAACGGCCAGCUGAUCAACCCAGUCCAAACACUUCCAGCCAAGAUCAGCAACAACCAAUGGACCAACCCAUUCCAAGUACUUCCAGACAAGACCAGCAGCAACCAAUAAACGAAAGCGAGUCUGCCAAUACUGUUCCAAAUCAAGUGACUGUAUUAAGCCAAAGAUAUCAGAGAACCUUUAAUCGUAUAAAGCAAAGGUUUGAAUUGUCUAAAGAAAUACAAAAGAAAAAACGCAAAGAAUAUUAUAAAUAUGCAGACCUCAAAUUCAGUCAGCAGUUAGCGUUAGCAAUGGGCAAAGAAAUAUCUGAACCAAUGCACAAUCCAGAGGUUGAAAAGCGAUUGAAAGAAAAGUAUGUAGUGGCAAGGAGAAAAUUAUCUAGUGCCAAAAAACAAUUGAAAAACUAUAUGGCAAAGCAUGGCUUAGAAUCUCAAGAGCCGAAAGUAGAUUCAGAUUGA